CUACUUCCGGCUCCAUCCCGCGGCUUUCCAGGCCCCUCUCCCGGUGAACCGGAUGCGCUGCCAGUCUGCUCCUCCGCGUCCCUAGCCUCUGCCCAGCUCCCUCGAGAGGCCGCUGCCACCCCGAGGCCCCGGCCGCGGAAGCUGCUGGCUACUGGCCCAGCGAGCGCGGGAGGAGCUGGGCGCGCACGGCUACCGCGCGUGGAGGAGACACUGCCCUGCGGCCAUGGGUGCCAGGGCCGCUCCUUCACGCCGGAGACAGGCGGGCCGCCGGAUGCGUUACCUGCCCACCGGCGGCUUCCCCUUCCUCCUCCUGCUGCUGCUGCUCUGCAUCCAGCUCGGGGGAGGACAGAAGAAAAAGGAGAAUCUUUUGGCUGAGAAAGUAGAGCAGCUGAUGGAAUGGAGUUCCAGGCGCUCGAUCUUCCGAAUGAAUGGUGAUAAAUUCCGAAAGUUUGUGAAGGCACCUCCUCGGAACUACUCGAUGAUCGUCAUGUUCACUGCGCUUCAGCCUCAGCGGCAGUGUUCUGUUUGCAGGCAAGCGAAUGAAGAAUAUCAAAUACUGGCUAAUUCCUGGCGCUAUUCAUCAGCUUUUUGUAACAAACUGUUUUUUGGUAUGGUGGACUAUGAUGAGGGAACAGAUGUUUUUCAACAGCUCAACAUGAACUCUGCUCCAACAUUCAUGCAUUUUCCUUCAAAAGGCAGACCCAAGAGAGCUGACACUUUUGACCUUCAAAGAAUUGGAUUUGCAGCUGAACAGCUAGCAAAGUGGAUUGCUGACAGAACAGAUGUUCAUAUUCGGGUCUUCAGGCCGCCUAACUACUCUGGCACCAUUGCUUUGGCUCUGUUAGUGUCGCUUGUUGGUGGAUUGCUCUAUUUAAGAAGGAACAACUUGGAGUUCAUCUAUAACAAGACUGGUUGGGCCAUGGUGUCUCUGUGUAUAGUCUUUGCUAUGACGUCUGGCCAGAUGUGGAAUCAUAUCCGUGGACCUCCAUAUGCUCAUAAGAACCCUCACAAUGGACAAGUGGGAGCAGCCAGGCUCAAUUUGUGGCCGAGUCACAUAUCAUUCUGGUACUGAAUGCUGCUAUCACAAUGGGAAUGGUUCUUCUCAAUGAAGCAGCAACUUCCAAAGGAGAUGUGGGGAAGAGACGCAUCAUUUGCCUGGUAGGAUUAGGCCUGGUGGUCUUCUUCUUCAGUUUUCUACUCUCAAUAUUUCGUUCCAAGUACCACGGCUAUCCGUAUAGCUUUUUAAUUAAAUGAAGCCAAGAGGGAUUUGCAUAAAGUGAAUGUUUACCAUGAAGACAGACUGUUCCGGACAUUAAAAUAUUUUGAAUUCUUUAUUUCAUUUCUUUGUUCAUUGUGAUAUGCUAGCUUAUUCUUGUAUGCUUUUUUUAAACUGUGGGUUUUCUUAGUAAAUUUAGUUUAUAGAAAUGGAUAAGUAUCAUUCAGUAAUCCUCAAUGAAAAUAUCCAAACAUUUUUCAGUAUAUUAUAUUCAGUGUAUGCCAUUGGAGUGAAGUAAAUGACAAUGUAGGUAUGAAUUCAUGUUUAGAACUGUUUACUCAUUAGUAGAGGAAACCACAGUGUUUGUAAAGAAAAUCCAUGGAAUAUAUGUAAAAGAAUUACUCGUAUGUACAAGGAUAAAGCAUAUGCAUGAAAAUAUGUCCUGUAUGGAAAAUUAUUCCUGCUACAGUUUCAGUUAUAAAGGACGUGCACUGUUACAAAA